AUGGCAGCAGAGGCGUGGAGUCCCGUCGCGGGACGGGUGCGCGUGAAGCGCGAACAGGCAGAAGAGCGGGCGCCAGCGAAUGGCGCCGCCUCUCCGUCUGCGCAGUCCUGCCCAGGAGCGGGCGCCGCGGAGCCGCAGCAGAGCUGCCGGCGGCGCCGGAUUCGAGAGUUGGCGGUGCACUUUGGUGGGGAACUGGAUGAGCUGUUGGCGAUGGUUCCAUUCAGCGCUCUCUGCAGCGGCGAGGAGGAGGCCGAGCCCGUUGCCAACGAGCAGCCCGAGCCACAGAACAAGGCAGACGCCGCGGCGCGUUCGCGCGGAAAACAGAAGAAACAGCUUAGACAGAAGCGCUACCACCCACGCGUGCUGACGACGACGCCCCUGCGCCUGCAGGCGCACGUGGCGGCUGAAGAAGAACGAUCGCGAAAACGGCAAGGACCGCGGCCAAGUCUUGCCCACGGGCAGCCGAAGCACGCGGGGCGCGCCCACGCCUCCUCUGGAGCCGUCAAGCCUGAAAAGGGAGACGCUGUGGGCGGUGCAGCAAACAGUCGCACCGAACUGCAGCAGCGUCUGCAGGCGAAGAUCGAGGCGCUGCGCCGAGUGAAGAAGGAGGGGAAGCGGGAGAGGAAGAAUCAGCGGAAGAAGGGACAGAACGAGCAAGCAAAGUCCCCCAAGGCUCACGCGUCCGAACACCAGGCGCAGGGAGGCCGUGGGGACUCCACGGAAGCCUCAAAGAACAAGCCAGGACGACGCGACGGCGAGGCAGACGCCGGAGACUAUUUCGAGUACGGCGCCGUCACAUGCCCGCGGGAUCGACUCGAGGCGCCUCAGGCCAACCGCUCCGGAUCCAAGAAACGCAAGCUGCGACGAGCAAUGAAGGAGAUAGAGGCCAACCGGGAAGUGUUGCAGAAGUGCCAGUCUGCGGCCGAGAGGCAGCAGAUGCAGCUCCAACAGUCCAUGGCGAAGGCCAUGAAGAAACUCGACGGAGAAAAAGUUAUGGACGACAUGCAACGGUUGAAGAAGAAGCAAAAGCUGCUUGACAAAAAGAAGGAGAAGGCGGCGGAACAGUGGCAAAACCGACUCAAAGAGGCGAGGGAGAAACAGAGGGACGCAGUGGAAGUAAGCGAAGAGUUCGCGAGCAGUAUCAACUACACGCGUGAGCGGAGAGGGAAAAAUUAG